GAAGAAGAAGAAGCAGAAAAAAGAAAUGGCUGAGCAGCGAUCGCAGAAAACUCCGUCAGAGUUAGUGGAUGUUUGUCGCGUUUGCGGCGACUCAUUCUCGCCAACUAAAAGAAACAAACAUAAUGUUUUACAAGGCCAUGACUUAUCCGUCCGGCCGGACUAUACAUUGGCUUUGGAAGACAUCACAGGAGAACGCGUUACACAGGGAGAUGGACUACCCAAAGCGGUAUGUGGGACCUGUCGCACGCUUUUGCGACGGUAUGGACGGAGCAAAGCUGAUGUGGAGGGAAUUGGCUCUUUUGUAAAAGAAAAAGCUACCACAGUGCCGAGGUUUAAAAGAUGUGCCCCCUCAACACCCAGUCAGCAGCUCAAAAUGGAACCAGGUCCUCCAGAAGAUAGUCGCGGCAGCAGUCCGGCGUUACGAAAACUUUUCCCGAGUGGUGAGGCUGAGGGUACAGAUCCAGAUGACAUGGGCGGUGUAGUAUCAUUAGAUGAUGGGGCGACCAGCAGAAUGAACGCAGAACAACAUGUAGCUGCUGAAUCCAGGCCUGAGCCCCAACAGCCUCAACGAGUAACUAAGGUUAUUGUCACCCAUGGACCUGCCACACUUUCCAGGAUUGUUACUGGACCUAUUGAGAAGAUUGCCAUGUGUCUUCAAAGGAAUCAUACCAAAAGAUUGCCAAAGUUGGUUAUGGAUGUUCCUGGUUUAGACAACAUUGCCAUUAAACAGGUUUUUAAGCGUGUAGACAAAGAAUGUCAAAAACUGACUGGUAACAAGUGGAAAUCCAUAUUGAAAAAAACAACCCCAUCAGAUCUUAAAAAGUUUUCCUGGGAUAAAGUUCUGGAUGAAUGGAAGGAGAAAGCGCCAACAUUUCUCCAGUUUCUGAAAAGUGCAAGUACCGUUUCCACCGAAAAAGGGGAAGGAAAUGCUCGUGCAAAAAUAUGCAAAAUGGCAAUGGCCGGUGCUACUCUUCUUCGAGCACGUUCGAAAUUCAUGUGCGCACCAAUGUACUUAAAUGCACUUCUUAUGCAGCACGCAGGAGCUAAGAAGAGGUGCUAUGAUAGAUUUGGCAGGAUUGGCAUCUCUGUCAACAGGAGAAGCUGCCUUCGGAAAUUAAAAACUAUCAGCUCAUCCUGGGACAAGAAAUACCUGAAGUGGAAGAGGAAUAUAUGUGCAAGGUCCUCUGAGAUGGCCGAACAAUGCCUAGACCACCAACCUCUUCAACAUGACCAACAGCUUUUUCCAGCUUCGUUAGUUACUCACACCAAAGAGCGCAUUUACAAGAACACCAAGACCUAUCAUGGACAGUGACUUCAUCGAUUUAACAGACGAAGGUUAUCUCAUGAGGUUUCCCAGCCAAGAGUAUAACAACCUUUCCAACUUCACGGCCGAUAAUCUGGAAGAGUUGGGCAAAAUCAUUCGUCAAGCAGAGGCUGAAGGAACUAAACAGUCUGCUCCGGCACUGGUUCCCUCACCAGCCGGCGUGGGUAAAAGACAUGACCCGGUGCAAUGAUUGCCUCAGACCCCUGAGGCCCUGACACCGUUUGUCUUGGCACAGCCGCCACAGUCCGAGAGAGGAAUCUCUGAAGCCUCAACCGAGACUCAUCAGCUCCUGCAGCCAGUCCCCAGACCACCGCCGCCGCAACUCUGAGAGCAGUCGACGCCACUCCGGAACAUCCGAACGAGGUUACACGUCCUCCUGCACAACCGCCACAGUCUUCUGUGGUCGGGAGGAAGAGGCGUCAUACAGCCGGCGGUAGCACCGGUAGCACCGGCGACAUCGACAGUCGACCGAGUGUUUCUCAUAACACUUAAGAAACUGCAAAAAGACCCAGAAAAUGUCCGCACAGUUACAAAUGUUCGACCUGUCAGAGGGAGAAAGAAGAAUUACAUCUUCUCGUUGCUAAUGUGCUAAUAGACAUGAGCGAGAUCCUCUUUGUGCUAGGCCUUGGUGUUUGAGUGUAGGUUUGGAUUGUUGUUGUUUUGAUUUGUUUUUUGAUUUUGUUUUUUGUUUUCCGUAACCAUGGAUGAAAGCAACCGCCAUCCCUCAAAACUUGAUGUGAUGAUACAAGAAUUAAAGCAGAAUGUAUUAAAUGAAGCUCAGGAACCCACUCAGUCUUUAUGUGAGGAACAAUAAGAUAAAGAAAUCCCUGACCCACUCACAGAUCAAUGGCUAUCGCAGAUCUUAAUCAUUCUCAAAGCAUUUUAAACACCAUAAAUCAAUGUCAAGACUUGUUAAAUCAAAUACCCACCAUACCCUCGCCUUCAAACAAAGUACUUGCACAAUCCGAUUCUUUAAUCAGAGAACAAAGCCCGUCAGUUCUUUUAUCUCUGACCCGUUCUCAGAUAUUGAUUUUGCUAUCGCCAAACUUAAUCAUACGCAAGCUGUUUUAAACAUGAUAAACCAAUGUCGAGAUUUGUCAAAUCAAAUACCUGCCAAAACCUUGACCUCAAACGACACUCGUUUGCAAACCGAGACCCAACUUAAUAAUCAAAGUGCCCAAAACCAAACGGGCGUCUUUAACGCUGUAAAUCAUUUAGAAAAUGUCCAACGUCCAACACGGCCGUUGAAACUGACGGUAAUUUGGUGUUCACCGUCCAACUAGUCAAAAACCCCUGAGGCGGCGGUCGAAAAAGACUCUUGUUUGAUACCUUAGACAGCGAGAUUAUUUAAAAAAAGCUACGCUUUCUGCGGGUCAUAAUCAACGGCCCCGACAACCAACUUUGUUUUGAGACUAAUUUGGCUUAUCUGCUUUACCCCGAUAUCGUUGAUAGCGAAGCGUUUGUGUUCGGCAGAGACAUUCAAAGUAAGGAGGGUUUGAAGGAUCAGACCGCGGUAAGGUUCGGCGAUAUACCGAAAUUUGAAAAAGUCUCAAACUGCAAAAUUGCAGUGUUCUACAGAACCGAAGACGGUCGAACGCUUUCUAAAUUUGCGACAGAUUCACCAAGAAGACAAAAGAUGGUGUUUAUGUUUGGAAAAACACUACUACAGCAUAACGAGCCUGAAAUCCUUCCUAGGCUCGCUGUAUGUGUGCGAGUAUUGCUACACGGGGUACACCUCCGUCGUGUCUCACCGUUGCUAGGGUCAAUCCUCCGUUUGCUCGGACCCCUCCUGUACCGAGCGAGAGCUCCGACCCGUAGUUUGUGUCGACUGUAACAGAACGUGCCGUUCUGUGUCGUGUUUAGCCAAACACAAAGAGCCCGUAAAGAGGCCCGUAGCUGAAAAAUACGUCAGUAAUUGCGAGCUGAUAAAAAGAUGCAAAAAAUGCAACAUGCUAUACUACAUUGCUAUGAACGGUAACGGUAAACAACACGCGUGUCCAAAAGUUAAAUUUAAAAUCUGCGGCGUAACUGUAGAAAAAGAUGAGAGCGAGGAGCACCUGUGUUACAUACAGCAUUUACCGGCCGAGACAAAACAUACCGAGAAAUUGAUUUUCUACGAUUUUGAGAUGUACGUAGACUCGUCAGGAGCGCACGUCCCUUUUCUGGUGUGUACAAAAAACGCUCAACGGCAAAAGGUGGAAUGCUCAGGGUGUAGAUUGUGCAGUUUAUUACGCAUUUCAGACGACCCAUGUACAGAACAUCUGUCUUUAUCGCUCACAACGCUAGAGGAUUUGACAGCUACAUCGUGCUGAACGCCAUACUGUCUCUGAACAUGAAGCCAGAUGCGCUCGAUAGUCUGUUUCUUGACGAGCCGUCUGUCAGCUCUGCCUAAAGUCCUAGGUUUUCCCGAUAAAAACAAGGGUUUUUUCCCCCAUCGAUUUAGCUCCGAGAAUCAUUUAAAGUACUUAGGCCCCUACCCCGAGCCAGAGGCCUACGGCAUCAAACAAAUGAGCAAAGAGGGUAAGAGAGAAUAUCAAGCGUGGUACGAGACGGUGCGUCAUGGCACGUUCAAUUUUGAAAAAGAAGCCAUCCGCUACUGUCAAAACGACGUGGAUAUUCUCGGCCAAGCCUGCGGCAUUUUCAGAAAAGGUUACAUCGAUGAAACGGGCGUGGACCCUUUCAGUUGCGCCACCAUUGCUUCGGCCUGCAUGAAAGUGUUUCGCACAAAUUUCCUGCGUCCCAACACCCUGGCCAUUCAAUCUCCCGACGACUAUGGAAGAUGUCGCAAAGCCUACUCAAACGCAGGCGUUCAGUGGUUAGAGUGGGUGUCGCAUACCGAGGGUGUCUUUAUUCAGCACGCGUUGAACGUGGGUGAAAAACAGAUUGGUCGCUACUUUGUAGACACUUGCAUCGAGGCCCGAGGUGUGAAAACGGCGUGGGAGUUUCUGGGUUGUUUUUAUCACGGUUGUCCGUCUUGCUUUCAGCCCCAUGACACCUGCCCUCUGACGGGUAGACCGUUUGACGAGUUACACGCCUCCACCAUGGCGCGGAUACAGACGUUAGAGUAUGUCCACGGUCUCAAAGUGAACGUGAUGAGAGAACACGAUUGGCUCGAGUUGAAAAAAUCCCGUCCGCUUCUGGGAGAUUUUCUCGAGUGUGCCAAAACCCCUCAACCUUUGUCACCCCGCGUCGCUUUGUACGCCGGUAGAACGAGCGCCGUGAGGCUGAGGUACAUGGCGGCACCGAACGAAACUGUACGCUACGUGGACGUGACAUCCUUAUAUCCCUACGUUAACUGCGUCUUUCCCUAUCUUCUAGGACACCCCGAAAUAGUUUACCGAGAUUUCAAAGAGCCGCAAAACUACUUUGGGUUAAUCAGGGCCGUCGUCUACCCGCCUCGAGGUUUGUUUUUCCCCAUGUUCCCCUACAAAACAGCCACCAGUAAACUGGUGUUCACCCUCUGUCGAACGUGCGACGAGCUUAAUUUUCAGGCCGGCUCAUGUACGGACGACUAUGAGGCUAGGGCGUUGAUGGGGGUUUGGGUCACUCCCGAAUUUAACAAAGCCUUGGAGUCGGGGUACCGCUUAGGUGAGAUCACAGAGGUGUGGCACUUUGAUAGACGCAGCGACGACAUAUUUGUAGAGUACACGCACACUUUUCUCAAGGGUAAACAGGAGGCCUCGGGCUACCCCGCCGAGGCCUCGGAACGGGAGAGUAGAGAAAAGUACAUUGCAGACUACAGGGCGAAUCAGAGCAUUUUGCUGGACGCGGACAAAAUUCAACCAAACACGGCUAAAAGACAGGUGGCUAAACUCUGUCUAAAUAGCUUAUGGGGAAAGUUUGCCCGGAGAAGUAACCUGAACCAGACCGUGCUCGUCAGGGAACCAGAGGAGUUUUUCAGUUACAUGUUUUCAGAAAAACACAAAGUCAAAUACUUUUUCUUCCUAAACGAGACCACGGCUCUAAUUCAGUGGUGUCACGGCAAUCUGUAUAUCGCACCCCCCAACAAGACAGACAACGUGUUUAUUGCGGCAUUCACCACAGCCUACGGCCGUCUAAAGUUGUACGACUAUUUGCAACAAAUGCAAAAUCGGGUACUUUACCUCGACACCGACUCUCUAUGCCGCAAAAGAGGGAGAGACCAGGCUCAAACUGGGUAAUUAUUUGGGAGACUUGAUGGAUGAGUUGGGCGGUGACACGAUACGGGAUUUUGCAGCCGCGGGUCCUAAAAGUUACGCGAACUUGACCAAAAACAAGCGAGCCGUGCUGCGGGUGAAGGGCAUUACUCAGACGCACAAAUGUCAAAAUCAAUUUUGACGGCGUCAAAGAGCUGGUAGAGGGCUACCUGCAAAACCACCGUACAGGGGACAGGGAGGAGGAGGGGUUUAUUGAGACUCUUCAACAUGGCAUAAAGAGGGAUAAAAACGGGUUUCUUCUUAAAAACUCGUCAUUUUAAAAAAGGUUUCAUGUGGUAUUUCACAAAAGACGGCUGCUUUCCACAGGUGAAACGUUGCCAUUUGGCUAUUGAAAUGUUUUCAGCCGACCAGCGGUUGUGGAAAAACUUUUUGUAAAAAGUGUAUUGGAAAACUGUCAAUGUUUUGUCUCAGGUGCCUGAAAAUAUUGUAUGGAUAUAUACUUUGUUUCAACCCAUGUACGCAGAGCUGCAAAAGAUGAAUAAAAAGAUUAAAUUUGUUGAA